AUGUAUGAGGAUGGAGGUGGAACACCAGUGGAUGAAGAUCAGAGCAGAUCUGGAGCUUCAAUCAGAGAAAACGACAAAAAGGAGAAUUCUGUUGAGAGCACAAAAACAGGACAUGAUGGAGGAGUGAUGACUACUGGAAAAGAAAAGCUGAACAUUGUGCUGUGUGGAAGUAAUCCAACACUCAAGAACUCAGUGUCUAAAAUAUUUAGAGGUGUAACAAGUAAACCGGGACGUAAAGAGAUGAGUAGAGUGUGUCAGAAGAGAGAGGGAACGAUUCAUGGACGGCAGAUCAGUGUAAUAGAGCUUCCAGCUCUCACUCGGCUCUCAGAGGAGGAAGUGAUGCGGGAGACUCUCCACUGUCUGUCUCUCUGUGAUCCUGGAGUUCAUAAUUUCAUCCUCAUUACUCCUGUCACUCCACUUACUAAUGAAGACAAAGCAGAAAUUGAGAAGAUAAAAAUAAUAUUUAACGCACAAGAGCACUUCAUGGUGCUUUUCAUUACUGAACUCACUGUUGACAAAAUGGUGUCAGAUUUUGUAGAAUCCACAGAAUCUCAGAGGAUUGUGAGUCUCUAUGGGAGCUGGUACAGUGUGAUGGGGUUAAAGGACCAGAGAAACUCACAACAGAUCUCAAAGCUGUUUGAUUGUAUAGAGAGCAUGAAGCCUGAACCCUAUUCUCUUCAGAUGUAUAUGAGAGCUUCAGAGAAGAAAGUUAGACAUGAACUAGAAGAGAAACUGAGUGUGAGAGAAAAUGAAAUCAAAGAGUUACAGAAGAAUAUCAAGACACUGGAGGGCGUGAAGCUGAAUCUGGUUGUGUGUGGGAGUAACAGAGGAUUAAAAUCCUUCAUAUCAAACCUGAUCCUGAGGCAGAGCGAGAGAAGAUCAGAGCUGAGCUCAGAGUGUGUGAGGAGAGACGUGGAGCUUGAUGGACGUCUGAUCAGUCUGGUGGAGCUUCCAGCUCUGUUCAACACUCAGCUCUCAGAGGAGGACGUGAUGCAUCAGACUCACCGCUGUGUGUCUCUCUGUCAUCCUGGAGUUCAUGUGUUCAUCCUCAUCAUUCCUGAUGCUCCACUUAAUAAUGAAGACAAAGCAGAAAUGGAGGAGAUCCAGAGGAUAUUCAGCUCAAGAAUCAACAAACACAUCAUGAUCCUCAUAAAGCAGAAUCCAGAGCAUCAGACAGCAGAACUAAAUGAAGAAACACAGACUGUCAUUGAGAGAUUUGGAGGACGACAUAAUUUCAUUGACCUGAACACACAAGUGUCUGUGUUGAUGGAGAAACUGGAGCAGAUGGUUGAGGAAAAUAGUCGUGUUUGUUUCUCCACAGAGACAUUGAUGGAGGCACAGGUGGAAAAAAUACAGAAAUUAGAGAAAAUGAAGAGGAGAUUCCAUUCAUUAGAGACAUGGAUUCAAUCACAAGAUUCAAGAGAAAAAGAAGAUGAACUGAGAAUUGUGCUGCUGGGAAAAACUGGAGUUGGGAAGAGUUCAACUGGAAACAACAUUUUGGGAAGAGAAGCAUUUAUAUCAGACAUUUCUCAAACAUCUAUUACUAAAGUGUGUCAGAAAGAGAAAGCUGAAAUCAGCAGCAGAGACAUUACUGUGAUCGACACUCCAGGACUGUUUGAUACUGAACUCAGUAAUGAACAAAUCCAGAGAGAAAUCAGCAACUGCAUCUCUAUGAUCCUGCCUGGACCACAUGUGUUUCUCUUACUGAUAUCACUGGGACGAUUCACUCAAGAAGAACAAACAUCAGUGAAGAUCAUCCAAAAAACAUUUGGUGAAAACUCUUUAAUGUAUACCAUUGUGCUAUUUACCAAUGGAGACAAACUGAAGAACAAAACCAUCGAACAGUUUCUGGGAGAACCAGGAUCUGCCCUUAAAAACCUGAUUGAUGAGUGUGGAAACAGAUACCAUGUGUUUAAUAAUGAGACUGGAGACCGAACACAGGUGACUGAUCUACUGCAGAAGAUUGACAACAUGGUGAAAACAAACGGAGGGAGUUACUACUCAUGUAAGAAGUUCAGAGAGAUGGAAAGAGAAAUACAAGAACAACAGAAGAAGAUACUCUUGAUGAAACAUGAAGAAGAAAUAGAGAAGAUAAAGACUGUAAUGAAGGAAGAAAAACAGGAGAGUAAGAGAAGAGAGGACGAAUUUAGAGAGAGAGCAGAAAGAUAUAAAACAGAGAUAAAAGAAAGAGAUGAUCAAGAGAGAAAGAUACGAGAGGAAUGGGAGAAACAGAAACAACAGGAAAGACAAAGAAGAGAUGAAGAGGAGGAGAAAUGGAGAAGGAAAGAACAGGCAAUGUGGGAUGAAUAUAAUAAGAGACUUAAAAAAGAAGGAGAGAGAAUGAAGAAGAUGAUAAAGGCAGAAAGACAGAAUCAUGAUAAAGAGAGAAAGAGAAUAAUAGAAGAAUAUAUAGAAGAACAAUAUAAAAGAGACAUGAAAGACAUAGAAGAACAAGAGAGAAAGAUUCGAGAGGGACUGCUGAGAGAACGAGAGGAAUGGGAGAAACAGAAACAACAGGAAAGACAAAGAGAAGAAGAGGAGAAAGAAACACAUAGAUUUAUUGAACUUUCUACAGGAGCUCCUGAUGUUCAGCACACAAACAAUGAUGAAGAUUCACCAUCAGAUUUAGGAUGUUUAAGAAUCUUGCUGUUUGGGAGGACAGGAAGUGGAAAGUCGGCCAACACUAUCCUCAGAAAAAAAGGGUUUUACAGUAAGAACAGUUCAUGUUUAGUGACCACUGCUUGUACAAAGAUAAUUGGUGAGGUUGGUGGUCGAUCAGUAGCUGUUAUUGAUACUCCAGGACUCUUUGACCUCUCACUGACAAAAGAAAAAGUGCAGGAAGAAAUAAUGAAGUGUAUUUCACUGUCAGCACCUGGACCACAUGCGUUCAUCAUUGUGCUGAGUCUGGGAGGAAUCACCAAAGAGGAGAAGGACACUUUAGACAUGAUCAAGAUGAUCUUUGGCCCAAAAGCAGCAGAGUUCAGCAUUGUUCUCUUCACUAAAAGAGGUGAUCUGAGAGGACAAACAAUAGAGCAAUAUGUAGAGAAAAAUGCUGAACUCAAGAAACUAACCAGUGAAUGUGGAAACAGAUUCCUGACUUUUGACAACGCAGAGACACAAGAUCAGACACAAGUUACUCAGCUGUUGAAUAUGAUAAAACAGAUGAAUCAGGGCCAAUACUUCACUAAUGAGAUGUUUGAGGAGGCAGCGAUCUCCACUGAACAGAGAAUGAAAAUGAUAGAAGAGAAUGAAAGAAAAAAUCUGGCUCAAGUUGAAGUAUUAAAAGCCAAAUAUGACAUGGAAAUCAAAAGCAUGAGAAAGAGACUGGAGAAGAAGAAACAAAGGACAGAAGAGGAAAGAGAGAGACUGAAGAACAAGUUCAGAGAACAAGAGGAAACACUCAGGAGAGAGUUUGAGGAGAAAGAAAAAUCAGAUCAGAAGAAACGAGAGACAGAGGAUCAGAAACAAUCAAAAGAGGAGGAACAGCAAAGAAAUGAAUAUGAUCAAAGAAUAGAGAUGGAGAGAGAGAUUGAAGAUCAGAGAAUACAGUAUGAAGAAGAGCUAAAAGAAAGAGAAGAGAGAAAGAGAAAAGAAGAAUAUAAACGACAGCAGGAAAGAGAGAGAGAAGAAGAACAUAUGAUUGAAAGAAAGAGAGAACAGAAGAAGAGAGAAUAUGAAGAGAAGAUAAAUGAAAUGAAAAGACAUUAUGAGCAGCUGGAGCGAGAGAGGAAAGAGGAGUGGAAGAAAAGAAAACGAGAGGAUGAAGAGAGACGAGUGGAGAAGAGAAAGAGAUGGGAGAAAAUUAUAGAAGAUCUGAAACGAGAGCAAGAGGAGGAGAUCAAGAGAAGAGAAGGAGAGGAGACAGAAAGAAUAGACAGAGAAGAAAAAGAGUGUGAUGAAAUGAAACCGAAACAGAAACAGAAAAAGGAAAUAGAAAAGAUGAAGAAGAAAGUUGAAGAUGAAGCCAGAAAACAAGAAAAAGAAUUGAACGAUUUCAGCAAAAGAGUAGAUCAGCAGGCUCAUGAGUGCCACCUGAUUCCUGUCCCAGCUCGUAAAGUGGAGUACAAGGGAACCCAGAGAAUUCCUGUCCUGGGAGAGAGAAUGGGGCUUUCCUCUUUGAGAGACUCUACCAUCUUCUGGUCCCAAGUGUUUCAGCUAAAAUUGUGA